AUGGAGAAGACGGUGGUUAGCAGAAACACCACAGAGACAGAUCUCAGUUUGCUGCUGAAAUGUCUCAAGUGUCAGAUGAAACGCCCUGACUUGCAGAAACAGGCUCUCUAUACCAUUCGUUCCAUUUGUGAAAACAAAGAGGAAAACAUGGAUCUGCUGAGAGAAAUGGGAGGUGUGGCAUUUUUGUACAACCUCUCCAAAUCAAGCAUAGUCCAUCCAGGUGUUCAGGAGACUGCACUGGGCACACUGGGUGCACUGGCAGAGGCCAAUGUGUAUUGCAAGAAUUAUCUGUGCAAAAAGGAGACAUUUGCAGACCUCGCUGAUUGUUUGAGGAAACAAGAUGUCCGUCUGACACACAAGAGAGUGUCUGUCUUCUUGCUGUUUGUGUUGGUAGCCAACAACAAAGCAGGGCAGACUUUAGCCCAAACCACUGGAUGCCUAGCUGUCUUACUGGACCUGUUCAGGACCACUUUCCCCCUAUCUGCAGGUGCUGCGUCACACGCAGCUAAUGCUGCUGAAGUGCACCAGCUUUGGCAGUCUGCGUCUUGUGCCCUCUGUGGAUGUAUCAACAAUCCUCAAAAUGAGGAUGGUCAGCGUGUUUGUGUUGCUGUGUUUCCUGAGAUAAAAAUCUGGCUUCAGCAGAUUGACUUGCCCCACACUGAGAUUUUUCAGCCUCUAUGCUCCUUCAUAGCAAUGGCAGUUUCCAACAACUCAUGUGUUCAGGAAAGUUUCUCUGCUUGCGGGGGUUUGGAAACUCUCACUCGUGCACUGACUCGUGUUGCCUCCGCUGCACAGUCGAGCCUGCUGUCUUGUCAACUGUCUGCAAUGAUAUCCAAAACGCUGUCAGCUUGUAUCACAGAUAACUGUAUUCUUGCUUCAUGUGUGGCUCAGUACGGCGUGGUGUCACAGCUUUUGUCUCUGUUGGAGAGCCCACACCUGGACCCUGAAGACAGGCUCUCUGUUCUGCUGAGCCUUGGCUCCUGCACUGCAGUCUCUGAGGAACACCAGCUCCAGCUGCUGCAGUGUGGAGGUUUACCGGUGAUCAUAACUUUACUCACGGACGACACAAAUGAGGAGAUCAAAAGGGCAGCUACUUUCAUAUUGCAGACUUGCAAACAGGCCACCAUGUGCCUGGGAGAGCGCCACCGGCCGGCAGGAGGGGCUGAAAAUGCUGAUUCCCCGACACAUUUGGAAGACUUCUGGAAUUCAGCGGCAGAACUGCUCCAUAAGAUCGACCGGCUGAAAAGAAACGGUACAUCAGCCGAGGGGCAAAGUCACCUCGCAGUGAAGAAAAUCAACCCCGGCAAAUCUCAGACCAAUUUAGAGGACGUGUCUUGCUCAGCGUCCAGAGGUGCAGGAGCCCGGGUGUCUUCUCAUGUUCGGUCACUAGAGAGUGGUAGUGAGCCACAAACAGAAAACAGUCAUUUUUAUGAGUGCCCACAACCAGAGAACUGCAAGAACAGCAGAGAGAUUAAAAGAACUGCAGAGUUACAGGACAGUGAGACGGUCGAGGAAGUCCUGGUGGAGGGAAACUCAGUCUCUCAUAUCCGGUGUGCAGGCUGUGUGUUACCAUUUGAGGAAGUAACCAGCCGCAAUUUUGCAUCCAUCCUGAGCUCUUGCUGCCACAGAUGCGACAUGCACAAAGUUCUGCAAGAGGCCACAGAGAGAUUCAGGGUGCAGCACUGCAAGCUCUUGUUCAGGAAUGAGCGACAGUACGACAACCUGGACGGCAGAGGACCUGACAAGAGGCCUUCGGCCACAGGACUACAGAGAGACUGUGAAAAAUGGAGCACAGUUACUCUGACUCCACUGCGCAGAAGAGCGAAAGAGGAAACAUCCGUCCCCUACAACAGAGCUGGUCCGAGCCUGACACCCAUGAAACGGCAACACCUUCCUGCAGAUAGAUCUGCAGUGACAGAUAGAGAGAGAAGGAGAAGUGGAAAACCAAAGCUUGAUAACCAGCAGACGACUGACAGUGACUAUUGCGACACAAGAAGGAGGCGGAGGAACUUCACCUGCGAGGAGGUGCAUUACCUGCUGAGCGGAGCGAGGCGGUACGGCGGCUCCUGGACCUCUUGUGGUCAUACCCAUUUCAGCCCGGACGCACCAACGUCGAUCUGGCCAUGAAGUACAGACGGCUGCUGAAACGUGAAGCCCAAGACGCUGGCUGUGUGUGAAUAUCCUGAGACUCGGUGGCCUCCAGCUUGAAGUGAUCUGCAAGGUCUUCAUUUUGAUGUCUAAUUAUUUAAAUCCAGAAUGAAUUGUUUAUAUGUUGUAUUCUCAAUGACUGCUUGAUUUUUAGUGCUUUGCCUGUGGCUGUACUGUCAGAUGUUUUCACUUGCAGUCUUUUGGUGUUUUUCAGACUGUCAGAUUUGACAGAUUGUCAAAAUGUUAUUUAAUUGUAUUUAAAGAAAACGUUAUGUUUCAUUCUCUGUUUUGUAACUAGAAGCCACGACUUGAUAUUGGCUGAGUGAGUUUUCGAUGUGGAUUUCUGUUUAAGAGUCAAAAUGGUAUAACUUUCUUGACAUGGGAGUAAAC